AUGGACCAAGUCGCCAGCGGCAGAGUCAGGAAGCGUCGGGGUCCCCGUGCCCCAGGCGCGGCAACCCGUGGCAGAACUCGCCACGCUCGAGGCCCAGGCGAGCUGGACAACGUCCCGGAGAGGUAUCUGCCUCUUCUCCAAGAGCAACGGAGACUAUACCUCUCCGUUAUCGACCAGACUCCAGUCCGACGUGAGGAGGGGAAGCGAGGUGCCCCACCAAGAUGGCCCGACGGACCCGGGAAAGAAGGGUUCAAGAGCGAGUACCUGACCGUCGCCCACCGGGAGAUGAACCGCAGACGUGAAGCCGUCAGCGACACGAUCGACAAGAUCGUGGAGAACGGUCAGGACGGCUCGGCCCCCGGCUGGGAAGCCAAGGAGCGGCGCCUCAUGAAGCAGCUGGGCAAACACCAGAGGCAGCUUCGCGACGCGGUGCAGGACUUCAGGGACCUCUACCUGGGGGGGACCCUGACCCGCAAGAACGACCAGGAGUCCUUGGCCAAGCUCCAAAAGUACGGAGCCAAAGGCAAGUUCUGCGACGAGCCGACCCCGGAGCAGCUCAAGGCCAAGACGGCCGAGAAGAGCAACUGGAAGGAGAGGGCACGGAGGGUGUGCCUGAUCGAGAGGGCCAGGCUGCAACUGGCGGCAAACGGCGACGGGGCGGAUAACUUCCAACCACCCUCUCCUCGUCGUGCCGUCGAGGAGCCUGCAGUGGAGGCGCCUGCGCCCAUUCAGGCUCCUCUAAGUCCUGCUCCUAGUCACCCUCCGAGUCUUGGCCACCAAGACGAGUUUGUUGACUGGGACCCUUUCAAUCCCCACCCUCCCAGUCCCUUGCCCACUCCUUCGGAUCCGCCCUCGCUACCCUCGUCAGCGAACCAGGAGCAACGUCUGCGCGUGCACCAGUCGCCGGACACGUCUUCACAGUCGUCUCUUGCGAGGAGCCUGGAAGCCGCAAGGCAGAGUGGACAAGUCCAGGAACAGGCCGGUCCGCAGCCCUUUGCUCCUCUCCAGCCUGGCACGGUGGCCGCUCUUCCCGCCACCAUCAACCCAGCGCUCUUGCACCUCCCUGGCGGCAUGGAGGUCGAUCCACUCUGGCCAUCAGCUCCCAACGCUGAGCUGUUCCUCCCGGCGGUGCCUGGUGUCGUGCCCGAGCAAGCACACCAGCCCCAGCAGCCCGUCGUCGACGACGACGACGACGAUAAGCCGUUGACUCUGGAGGAUAUGCUGAAUGGUGUCGCCUUUCCUUCCCCCAUGGAGGACGUUGAAGCGUCUCAGGAGUUGCAGCAACCCCAGCUGCCAGCGCCCGAUGCCGAGAUCGACGUCCCCGUGGCCGCCGCCGUUGAGCAGCCGUACCAAGCGGAGCUUGCCGAAGCCGACGUGCCGUGGGUGCCGAACCCUUGGGGGCCUGAAGAAUUCAUGCCAACACCAUUGGAUCUUACCCCCGCACCACGACCGGGCAUGACAGCGGAGGAGGAGCAAUGGGUGGCGGACGCAUAUGAGCGGUAUUAUAACCAACAGCUCCAAUAUUCGGACCUGGGGUGGGAUUUGCUGGCGUAG